AUGUCGUUGAAUUGGGUGAUGUUAAAGGAAGGAAACCCGCCUUUUGUACUGCUUCCCGAAGAAACCUUGAAGUUUCAAUCCCCAGAGCGCAAUGGGAUUGAGUUGAAGGCGAAAUAUGAGAAGGGGGCUGCAAAUAUCACGGCAACUGGCAGGAUUUUCCUGACAACAAAAAGAAUCGUAUUUGUGUCUAGCCACGGGGAUUUUAACUCGUUUACGAUAUUAUUUCCACAGAUUAAAGCGCACACCCUGGAACAACCCUGGUUUGGCCCUAAUAGAUGGAGAGGGUCAUUUGUCAACGAAUCGCUGGAGAACGGGCUACGCCAAGAGGUUUAUGAUUUCACGCUGGUAUUCAACGAGGGAGGCGCAUUUGAGUUUGUAAAAAUGUUUGAUAAAGUGUUCACAGAUGUCGGAGAGCAGCUUCCUGCAUACAGCGAGAGGUAG